AUGGAUGCAAAUAUCCCUGAUGAUUUGCCAAACCUUGGUGAUCCAAUAGAGGUUGUUGCACCAGUUGAUGAGGAUGAGAGGGAGUACCCUGAAUUAUGGGGACAUGUUGAUAAUGUGGAAUCUGAGAGAGAUGUUGUCAUAUCAGCACAAUUUGAACCCAUUGGUGAAGAAGAGAAUCAGGAGAAUAAUGAGAUGGGGGUGGAUGAGAAUGAAGAGGUUCCGGAUAGAUUGAGAAUUGAGUAUGACAUAGAUAAUCCUUCUCUCACAGAAGGUGUCACAUUCGAAUCAAUGAUGGAUUGCAGGAAUGCACUUGCCACUUAUUGCAUAGUAAAUAAAUGUGAUUUUGUGAUUGAUAAGAGUGAGCCCACUAGAUUGACUGUUCACUGUCCAGACAGGAGGUGCCAGUGGCGGAUGCAUGCUUCCUGUAUGCGGAAUAGCACAAUUGUUCAAGUCAAAGUGAACCCAUUUCCUCAUACGUGUGUAAGAUCAAGAGAUGCACAAAAGGCAGCUAAAAGCAGAUGGUGUGCCGAUGCAAUGUUGGAAUGGGUGAGACAGAACCCAAGCAUUGGUCCAUCUGAACCGAUAAAGAGGCUCCAUGAGAAGUAUAAUGUGAGGGUGCCUUAUAUGAGAGUGUUUUAUGGCAAGGAAAUGGCCCUCGACAAGAUUUAUGGUCCGUGGAAGGAUAGUUUCAACCUAUUGUACACAUACAAAGCUGAAGUGGAGAAGGCAUCUCCAGGAAGUGUUCUUGAGAUUGACCACCAAACAGUGUCAUAUAGAGUGAAAGGCAAGACAAUGAAAAAGGAAUGUUUCAGGAGGUUUUUUGUUUCUUUCGAGGCUUGUUGGAGAGGGUUUAGGGCUGGAUGCAGGCCUUAUCUAGCAGUGGACGCAACUGCUCUAAAUGGAAGGUUCAGAGGGCAGCUAGUUGCAGCUUCUGCAAUUGAUGCACAUAACUGGCUUUUUCCAGUUGCUUAUGGUGUGCUAGAGACUGAAUCAACCGAGAGCUGGACAUGGUGGCUUCAGAAUUUGAAACAGGCUAUGGGCUUUCCGGAAGGAUUGGUUAUCCAUACAGAUGCUUGCAAGGGAUUAGAAAUUGCAGUAGACUUGGUGUUCCCUGGAGUGGAACAUAGGGAGUGCAUGCGCCAUCUUGCUGCAAACUUUGGCAAAAGAUUCAAGGGAAAGUUGUUUGACGAUAAUUUAUGGCCGGCAUCAUUGACAUAUAGUCUCAAGAAACAUAACUACCAUGUGAGCCAAAUGUACAGGAAGCCAAAAGUGAAGCCCUACAUGGAUGAGACACACACAAAGAUAUGGAUGAGAAGCAAGUUCAAUGAAUUAUGUAAGGUAGAUUAUGUGAACAACAACUUGGCGGAGUCUUUUAAUGCAUGGGUUAGGAAAAUCAAGGACCUUCAUGUGGUGGAUUUGUUGGAUAGAAUUAGAGUGAUGAUUAUGGCCAAGUUUGAGUUGCGCUAA